CUUCCAACCCCUCCUACCCCGCCAUAACUUCUGCUCCCCGGCCUCAAGAACUUUCUCUCUCUCUCAACGCAUUACCGCUUCUACCUCCUUUGCGACUCCGAGAUUCUACUCACAGCCCGCCAAAAUGCCCAACACUAAGGUUUACUUCGACAUCGCCUGGAAGGGCCCUGUCUUCAAGGACGGCCGUGCCACCAACGAGAUCAAGGAGCAAACCGGUCGCAUCAACUUCAACCUCUUUGACGACGUUGUCCCCAAGACCGCCGAGAACUUCCGCGCUCUCUGCACCGGCGAGAAGGGCUUCGGCUACAAGGGCUCUUCUUUCCACCGUAUCAUCCCCAACUUCAUGCUCCAGGGCGGUGACUUCACCCGCGGUAACGGCACUGGCGGCAAGUCCAUCUACGGCGAGAAGUUUGCCGAUGAGAACUUCCAGCUGAAGCACGACCGCCCCGGUCUGCUGUCCAUGGCCAACGCCGGCCCCAACACCAACGGCUCCCAGUUCUUCAUCACCACCGUCGUCACCUCCUGGUUGAACGGCCGCCACGUCGUCUUCGGCGAGGUCGCCGACAAGGAGUCCAUGGCUGUCGUCCAGGCCCUCGAGGCCACCGGCCGUGAUGACGGCAAGGUCAAGUACGAGCCCCGCCCCACCAUUGUCGACAGCGGUGUCCUGUAAGCUUGUGCAAGGAAGCAGAAUGCUCUGUAGGACCAUUUGCUGGCAGUUUGGGA